AAAAAAUAAAAUUUUGAGUCAGUCACUCAAUUGCAGGUUGGACUUGGUUCCUCUGCAACAUGAUAUGGGCUCCAACUGACUUGGGUGUCCUAUAGCAUAAAAGAGAUUCCUCUCUGCUUUCCCUAGACGCCCAAGUUUACUAAAGAGUAAUUCAGAAAGAGCUGGAAUUGGCAGAGGCAGUACAAGAGGGAGCCCAUUUUCAUUUUUUCCAUGUUCAGCUAAAGUACCAUUUACUACUACUCAACUGCAGAGAGUUAGACCAUCCCUCUGCUUUCUCUUCUACUUUCACUGCUUCUCUCUGUAAACUCACACCAACUUGUCUUCCAUUUUCUUAAUAUCAAUCUUUUAUUACCUCUCAUUUUGCUCACUGCUCUCCACAGUCACUUACUUGUUGCAUCUCACACCAAAGUUUAUAGAUUUGGUCACCAAAACAACCAUACCUGUAGUUGUUCACCCUCUCAUUCCUAGACUACUACUAUUGCUCUUAUUUCUUCACAAUGAACUUGUAGCAAACAUGCACAACCAGUUCAAGAAACCAUGAUGGCCAAAUCCAACACCAAGAGCCUCCAUUUCUGGUGCAGAAUCACUUCCUUUGUUCUGCUUCUACUUCCUUCACUUUCUCUCAACUCAGAUGGGGUCUCUUUGCUUAACUUCAAGUACUUAAUCCUGAGCGACCCACUUUCAGUCCUAAACAACUGGAACUACAACGACCAAACACCAUGCUCAUGGACCGGAGUCACUUGCACAGAAAUGGGAAACCCUGGCACACCAGACAUGUUCAGAGUCACCAGCUUAGUCCUCCCCAACAGUCAGCUUCUGGGUUCAAUCACUUCCGACCUUGGAAUGAUCACACACCUUCGCCAUCUUGAUCUCUCCAACAACUUCUUCAAUGGGUCUUUGCCUAUUUCAAUCUUCAAUGCCUCGGAGCUUCAGGUUUUUUCACUUUCAAACAAUGUCAUCUCUGGUGAGCUACCUGAGUUUAUAGGUAAGUUAGUUAGCUUACAGUUACUCAAUCUUUCUGAUAAUGCAUUGGCUGGGAAAGUACCAGAAAAUCUCACUGCUUUACAGAAUCUUACUGUUGUUUCUUUGAGGGGUAAUUAUUUUUCUGGUUUUGUUCCAAGUGGGUUUGAUUCUGUUGAAGUAUUAGAUCUGUCUUCGAAUCUGUUUAAUGGGUCUUUGCCUUUGGAUUUUGGUGGAGAUAGUUUGCGUUACAUGAACCUAUCUUACAAUAAGAUUUCAGGAGAUAUACCACCAGAGUUUGCAAAGCAAAUACCUCAAAAUGCUACUAUUGAUCUCUCAUUCAACAGCCUUAGUGGACCUAUUCCUGAGUCUCUAGCUUUGCUCAACCAAAAAAAAGAACUCUUUGCUGGAAAUGCGGACCUAUGUGGCAAACCUUUGACAAAUCUUUGUUCGAUUCCUUCCACUAUGUCUACUCCACCUAAUGACACAACCGAAUCUUCUCCAGCAAUUGCAGCUAUUCCCAAAACCAUUGACUCAACCCCAGUAACAAGUUCUAAUGGGACUCAGGACCAAGCACAAGGUGGUCUAAAACCUGGUACAAUAGCUGCAAUAGCUGUGGGAGACUUGGCUGGUCUAAGCCUCCUUGUCAUGGUCAUUGUGUAUCUCUACCACUUGAGAAAGAGAAAGAAUACUCUCAAUCAAACCAAUGCAGCAAAUACUUCGGAAAAGAAACCAGAAGUGAGUGUGAAACAAGACCCAGCUGUUGCUAAAAAGCCAAUGGCGUGGUCUUGCUUAGGGGAAGAGAUUUCAGAAGCAACAAGUUCUGAUGGUGACCAAGACGAUAAUAAAAUCGAAGUUGCAGAUGAAGUGAACCCAAAUGAGGAUCAACUUGAUCAGAAAGGUAAGCUUGUGACUGUGGACGGAGAGACAGAGCUAGAGCUAGAAACAUUGCUGAAAGCUUCAGCUUAUAUAUUGGAAGCAAGUGGACCUAGCAUUUUGUACAGAGCAGUGCUUGAUGAUGGGACAGCAUUGGCAGUGAGGAGGAUAGGAGAGAGUGGAGUUGAGAGGAUGAGGGAUUUUGAGAACCAGGUCAGGGUUAUGGCAAAGCUCCGCCACCCCAAUUUGGUUCGGGUUCGUGGGUUUUACUGGGGAGAGGAUGAGAAGCUUGUUAUCUAUGACUUUGUCAGCAAUGGCAGCCUUGCUAGCACCACUCACAAAAAAGCAGGCUCAUUACCAAGUCAUCUUCCUCUUGAGGUCCGGGUCAAGAUAGCAAAAGGAGUAGCUCGUGGACUAGCUUACAUCCAUGACAAGAAACACGUGCAUGGCAGCAUUAAACCAAGCAACAUUCUCUUAAACUCUGAUAUGGAACCCAUAAUCAGUGAUUUUGGUCUGGACCGGCUUGUCUUAGGCAAUACUAGCCAAAAAACAAACACUUCAGCCCGGUUCUUGGGAAUUCAAAGAUCCACAACCACUCGUGAAGAAUUGUCUAAUCCUGGUCCCAAUUCUUAUGCACAAGUUGGCUCCUCGAUGGGAAAUGCAUCAUCACCAUAUCAAGCACCUGAGUCCUUAAAGAACAUCAAGACCAACCCCAAGUAUGAUGUGUACUCUUAUGGGAUAGUUUUACUUGAACUUUUAACUGGGAAAGUGUUUUCAGACAGGGAAUUGAGCCAAUGGACCGGGGGUUCAGCGGCCGAGGAAAAGAACCGGGUUUUGAGGUUGGUUGAUGUGUCAAUCAAAGCUGAAGUGGAAGGCAAAGAGGAUGCAUUGCUGGCUUGCUUUAAAGUAGGACUAAGUUGUGCUUCUUUUUUACCACAAAAGAGACCGUCCAUGAAAGAAGUCCUUCAAGCCCUAGAGAAGAUCUCAAAUUCCUUGUGCCAAUGAUGUGUUUGGGUCCCACUUUGUGUUCUUUUUCAUCUUUUUUUGACUUUAAUGUUGCAUAAAGUGCAUUAGGAAUGUGAAUAACCGACGUGAUAAAAAGAAAAGUGAAGUAUGUUUGACUGAUUAAUCAAAUUUUUAGUAUGUAUAAGAUACUUUUGGUGGUGAUUGUAGUUGA